UACAAUUCUUCUAAAUAAUAUUUCAUACACCCAAUUAUUACAGGUAUAGGCUUAAGAUUUAAUAUUCGUGUAUAUGAGUUUUUCAAAUUUUUAUUUAAAAUUGCUUCUAUUUGUGUUAUUUGCUAGGACGCAAUCGCAAGUUCUUACCCUACAAGACCAAAAUGGAAGACACUUAUUCAGAAUGUUAUUGUUCUUUUUUUAUACUGUAUUUUUGGGUAACUUGCAAGAUUGGUCACUGAAAUUAUUAAAAACGUUCAUGUUUGGUCACUACAAAUAUUUAAUUCCAUUAAUGGAAUUAAAUAUUUGCAGUGACUCAACAUGAACGUUUUUAAUAAUUCCAGCGACCAAUCUUGCAAUUUACCCCUGUAUUUUUUGUUGUCCUUCGGUGAGAAUGCUCCAAUAUUUUUUAAGUUUGUUUAUUAUGAGAUGAAGUAUACAGUGAAAUAGAAUUGUGUAUGAAAUAUUUUGGCUUAAUACACUUUCAUAGCCAUAACUAUUCGCGUUGUGACAAUUAUAGCAACUUUUUGAAAAAUGUACUCAUAUAGCCAUUCCGUAACAAACUUUAAUGACAUCAUUGUAAAUGCUGAGUAGACAAACGUUUUUUUACUGACGUGGCGAAUUUUCGUCAAAUUUUUUUUAUUUAAUUGCAAUUACAUGAAAAAAAUGAAAAAUCAUCUUCCUCCAGACCAUCUGCUAUUGCGAUCUCUUCCCUAAUUGAAACCCCAUAUCCAUUCCCUCGUCGAACCCAAAUUGAGUUUCAAGAAAACCCAAUCAACUUCCAACGUCGAACCCAAAUUCAUAUUCAAGAAAACUUAAUACGACGAAGGCGUGGAAGGGAGGGCGGUCGCAGCGGUGGCGGAAAACGGGAGAACGGAAGGGGGAUUUAAUGUAGAGGAGAUAGAGCUUGGAGAUGGAUCCUAAAGCUACACCGCCAACUGGAUGGGCAUGUGAUUUGAUCUACAAUCUGACCCAUAGAAGAUGGUGAGGAUGAGGAGAGGAGCGCGGAGAGGGCGGAAUCGGGCCGUCAAGGCCGAGCCCAGAUCUGGCGAUGGUGGAUUUGGAGGCGACGAAAUUUCAAUCUGGCUGUGGUGAGGGGUCUCGGAGAGGAUGAAGGAGGCGGUAUAUUUUUGGAGAAAUGGAUUUGCUUCCCCUAUAUCUGGUUCUCACACCCUCUGCUCUUGCCGACAUCAGUUUCUCUCGACAUCGCCUCCAUCGCUCCGCUUCCACCUCUCGCUCCACUUUCCAGAUCUACACAUCUGUCAAAGCAUCGAUAAGGCCCGCCGCUUCUCCGACAUUGAUAUCCGACCUGGGUCAUGAUGCCUACUCUAGCGAAGGAAACCCAAUCGUUGCGCUAGCCUCUCUCUUGGUCGACGAACUGAGUAUAUUCGAAGAGGAAGUUGAGAUCGCCGACAAAAUCAUGUCAAUCGGAGUUGGGAAUUUUAAGGGUGGUGGCACAAUUGGACAGGGAAGACAGAAAGAGUCGGGAUAUCUCCCUCCGACGAGGACCUGGAAACUUGAAUCGAGGACGAGACACCAAGGGAAACUUCUCUACAUAGAUGGUCGCAUCUUUCGAUAAAAUAGCAGGCCAACCGCUGGUUGAUUAGAGAUUUUCCCCUCCGGCGAGCAUCUGAUUGGUUCUUCACUAAUCUGAAUUUGGAUUUCAACUUUUGAGUUUUGACGAAGAGAUCUGGGGGUUGGAGGAAGGUGAACAGGCGGUGUGCGGAUGGGGAAAAAUUUAUAUACAUUUUUUUAAUUAAAAUAUGAGGUGGCAUCUAGGUGGUGUGGUUUGUCUAGUUGGACCUGAUGUGUAAUCCGAGCUGGCGUCCACAUCAGCACAACGUUAAUGUUAUUGACGGAAUUGCUGACGACGUUAAAGUUUGUAACGGAAAUGGCUAAAGUUGUCAAGCAAGUUUUCAAAAGUGGCUAUAUGAGUGUAUUUUUCAAAAAGUGGCUAUAAUUGUCACAACGCGAAUAGUUAUUGUAACAUCCCGUUCCGGCAAAACCCAUAUUUCGAUCGCUAGAAAGUUCGCGAUUUAAAAUCGAGCGUUUUAAUAGUAUUUCGGCGAAAAUCGGAUUAUCGAUCGAUCGGAUAAAUAUACGUAUUAAUUAAUUAAUUAUAUAUAUAUAUAUAUAUAUAUAUAUAUAUAUGCAGUCGGCAUAUAUAUUACCGUCCAUCACUUUCCCUGCCAUUUCACUUCUCAUUUCCCAUUUCCAAAACCGCAAGAAACAGAGCACGCAGAGAGCGCUCGGCGAGGAAAUUCAAGAUUUUGAAUCUUGAGUUCUAGUGAUCCAAAAAUCCCGUAAGUAAUGCCUAAUUCAUCCAUACAUCGUGAUUUAUCGAUUUAGAGCUUUAAAACGAGUUUUUGGUUCAGGAAUUUCUUGAAUUCCCGAUCUGCCAAAUUAGGGUUUCGGAGUAUCCGGAAGCCGGAUUGAGCCCAAAUUUCAUAUACGAGCUUCCUGCAGCGAGGUAAUCAAUCCUCUAGUUCUAAUCCCUGAAUUUCGGCUAUUAUUUAGGUCGGGGUCCAAACCGCUGGAUUUAGCUCCGGCCAGGGUUUGAUGUGUUUUUAUCAAGAAUUUGACCCGGAGCCUAGAACUAACAUUGACGGGGAUACUGCAGGGGGUAUUAGGACGGUCUCGGAUUUUAAUUCGGGGUUCGUUCGUGAAAUUGAUGUUUUAGUACCGGAGGCUAGAACCGGUGUUUGAACGACCAGAACUGGUGAGGGAUUAGCACGGCAUACCGGGUUUGUCGUAUCACGAUAAUUAUAUUGAUGCUUAGAAUUGACCUAGGUGAAUUAGAAUGGCAUGAUUAUGGGUGUAUGGACUUCUCUGCUAUAUGAUGAACUAUAGGCUUCUGUAUGAUAUUAUUGACUUGCCUUAAUCGAUAUGGACCUUGUUUAUGUUGAUAAUUCCAUAUAUGUUGCCAGAUGUGGGUUUAAUUGUGAAUAUGCCUUAUGUUGGUUCGAGAAGGUGAUUGGAUAUGAUUUUUCAUGAUUGUUGUAUUUGGAUGCAUAAGUGGGAAAAUAUAUAUUCCCUGGUGAUAUCAUGAUGUUUUAAGGAGGAUGACUUGCACGAGGGUUUAUCCCGAGGAAGUGCAACUAUACGACUCCUGGUUUACCUAUGUUGAGCCAAUUAUGGCCAGGUCAAGUACAUGUGCAAGUAAUGAAUUAUGAUUAAGCAAGGUGAGAUAUGAAUCAUGUAUAAGGAUACCAAAUAUGAGUGUUGUGGUCUCACGGUCAACUACAUAGUAAUUAGGGCUCCCUAUGCUAUUACUCUAUUAUGAUAUGAUAGUCACACCUCUCAUGUGGUGGUGACUGAAGAAUUCUUACGAGAUAUGACCACACCCAGAGUGGUGUCGGGGUAUGACUACACCCAUAGUGGUGUGGGGUAUGUAUGACCACAUCCGACGGGAUGUUGGGGUAUGUAUGACUACAUCCGACGGGAUGUGGGGUAUGUUUCCCGGGAGAGUUAUUAGCAUGGGAGUAGCCAGGCGCCUAUGAUUAAAACAUGAUAAGAUGCAUAUGCAUAAGUCAAAGUGGUUGAGUCUUUUGCUUAUUGGGAUAUGAGGAUGGCUGAGGUCCGAUCCCAGUGUUUUGGUUUGAUUGUUAGAUGUAUGAUAGGGGUAUGCUCUGUUAUGAACUCACGAUGCUAUGAUUAUCUCACUCAGCUAUGAGCUGACCCUCUUUUAUUCUUCUUCUCUGCUUAUGCUAUGUGUAAGCAGAUCAUCAGCAGCAGCAGUAGAUAAGUGUUAGGUGGGAGAGGAGCUAGAGUUGAAGCCAGGAUGAGGUAUGGUCUUCAACUAUUCUGUGCUUGGACUACUACUUGGGAUUUUGGCCAGUGAUCCACACCUUUUUGUAAAAAUGUUUUGAGAACGUUUUUCAUAUGCAUACUAGCUUCUGAUGUAGUGUGAGAUAUCCACAGGUGUGGAAAGUUAAUGAUAUGUGUAUAUUUAUGUGGUUGUGUAAGUUGUGACGAUUAUGGUAUGUAUAAGUUCGGUAUGCAGUUGUGUAGUAUGAAACUGUGACUAUGGCUAUGUAAGUCCAUGUAUAUGGUUUGAGUAUAUAUGUUUGUGAUGAAUUAUUUUGCAGGACAAGUUGCAAGAACUGUUAGCCCACUACGCGAGUAAUUCAUGUCGAAAUUUUAUUUGGGUAAAUUUUGAUAAUUAAUGUAACGCCCGAGAUUAAUUUCGCUGCAAUUGUAUGAACAAUAUGAUUAGGCAAAACGUAUAGGGUAACAAUUGUAUGAACAAUAUGAUUAGGCAAAACGAUCGGAUAAAUAUACGUAUUAAUUAAUUAAUUAUAUAUAUAUAUAUAUAUAUAUAUAUGCAGUCGGCAUAUAUAUUACCGUCCAUCACUUUCCCUGCCAUUUCACUUCUCAUUUCCCAUUUCCAAAACCGCAAGAAACAGAGCACGCAGAGAGCGCUCGGCGAGGAAAUUCAAGAUUUUGAAUCUUGAGUUCUAGUGAUCCAAAAAUCCCGUAAGUAAUGCCUAAUUCAUCCAUACAUCGUGAUUUAUCGAUUUAGAGCUUUAAAACGAGUUUUUGGUUCAGGAAUUUCUUGAAUUCCCGAUCUGCCAAAUUAGGGUUUCGGAGUAUCCGGAAGCCGGAUUGAGCCCAAAUUUCAUAUACGAGCUUCCUGCAGCGAGGUAAUCAAUCCUCUAGUUCUAAUCCCUGAAUUUCGGCUAUUAUUUAGGUCGGGGUCCAAACCGCUGGAUUUAGCUCCGGCCAGGGUUUGAUGUGUUUUUAUCAAGAAUUUGACCCGGAGCCUAGAACUAACAUUGACGGGGAUACUGCAGGGGGUAUUAGGACGGUCUCGGAUUUUAAUUCGGGGUUCGUUCGUGAAAUUGAUGUUUUAGUACCGGAGGCUAGAACCGGUGUUUGAACGACCAGAACUGGUGAGGGAUUAGCACGGCAUACCGGGUUUGUCGUAUCACGAUAAUUAUAUUGAUGCUUAGAAUUGACCUAGGUGAAUUAGAAUGGCAUGAUUAUGGGUGUAUGGACUUCUCUGCUAUAUGAUGAACUAUAGGCUUCUGUAUGAUAUUAUUGACUUGCCUUAAUCGAUAUGGACCUUGUUUAUGUUGAUAAUUCCAUAUAUGUUGCCAGAUGUGGGUUUAAUUGUGAAUAUGCCUUAUGUUGGUUCGAGAAGGUGAUUGGAUAUGAUUUUUCAUGAUUGUUGUAUUUGGAUGCAUAAGUGGGAAAAUAUAUAUUCCCUGGUGAUAUCAUGAUGUUUUAAGGAGGAUGACUUGCACGAGGGUUUAUCCCGAGGAAGUGCAACUAUACGACUCCUGGUUUACCUAUGUUGAGCCAAUUAUGGCCAGGUCAAGUACAUGUGCAAGUAAUGAAUUAUGAUUAAGCAAGGUGAGAUAUGAAUCAUGUAUAAGGAUACCAAAUAUGAGUGUUGUGGUCUCACGGUCAACUACAUAGUAAUUAGGGCUCCCUAUGCUAUUACUCUAUUAUGAUAUGAUAGUCACACCUCUCAUGUGGUGGUGACUGAAGAAUUCUUACGAGAUAUGACCACACCCAGAGUGGUGUCGGGGUAUGACUACACCCAUAGUGGUGUGGGGUAUGUAUGACCACAUCCGACGGGAUGUUGGGGUAUGUAUGACUACAUCCGACGGGAUGUGGGGUAUGUUUCCCGGGAGAGUUAUUAGCAUGGGAGUAGCCAGGCGCCUAUGAUUAAAACAUGAUAAGAUGCAUAUGCAUAAGUCAAAGUGGUUGAGUCUUUUGCUUAUUGGGAUAUGAGGAUGGCUGAGGUCCGAUCCCAGUGUUUUGGUUUGAUUGUUAGAUGUAUGAUAGGGGUAUGCUCUGUUAUGAACUCACGAUGCUAUGAUUAUCUCACUCAGCUAUGAGCUGACCCUCUUUUAUUCUUCUUCUCUGCUUAUGCUAUGUGUAAGCAGAUCAUCAGCAGCAGCAGUAGAUAAGUGUUAGGUGGGAGAGGAGCUAGAGUUGAAGCCAGGAUGAGGUAUGGUCUUCAACUAUUCUGUGCUUGGACUACUACUUGGGAUUUUGGCCAGUGAUCCACACCUUUUUGUAAAAAUGUUUUGAGAACGUUUUUCAUAUGCAUACUAGCUUCUGAUGUAGUGUGAGAUAUCCACAGGUGUGGAAAGUUAAUGAUAUGUGUAUAUUUAUGUGGUUGUGUAAGUUGUGACGAUUAUGGUAUGUAUAAGUUCGGUAUGCAGUUGUGUAGUAUGAAACUGUGACUAUGGCUAUGUAAGUCCAUGUAUAUGGUUUGAGUAUAUAUGUUUGUGAUGAAUUAUUUUGCAGGACAAGUUGCAAGAACUGUUAGCCCAUUACGCGAGUAAUUCAUGUCGAAAUUUUAUUUAGGUAAAUUUUGAUAAUUAAUGUAACACCCGAGAUUAUUUCCGCUGCAAUUGUAUGAACAAUAUGAUUAGGCAAAACGUAUAGGGUAGGGUGUUACAGUUUGGUAUCAGAGCUGGUUUGUUUUCUGCAUUAUGGGUAUGUUACUUUCACUCUUGAGGACUGAUCACUCUCAAAAGGGGAGAGAGUACUCCAUACCUGUACUUGCACUAAACUUUUCAGGAUUGGGACCAAAGGUGAUGAUGUGUUGCAUAGUCAGUUGCAUAUGGUCAAACAUUAUUUUGAGUAUUUGAGGGAAUCUUGAAAAUUUUAUGGUUUAAGAGAUUUAUGAAAAUAUGUGGAAAUUUUAUCUUGUUGUCCAAGUAAUGAUUUUGAAGAAAGUUUUGUUUCAACCAAGUGAAUAACUUGUUUAGACACAAGUGGUGUGUGGAUCAAAAGAAGGCUAAUGUUUCCUUGUAGUUUGCACAGAAGUACGUUUAGUGUUACUACUAACCGAUCGAGAAGCAUGGUGGCUAGCUAUGUAACACAGUUGAUCUUCGACUAUGCUAACAUGACGAGUUGUUGUGGUGGAGUUUUAAUAUGGAUAUGAUUCUUGAUGUUGUGGUGGCUAGGUUAACAAUCUUGCUUAGUAAGUUAUGUUUUGAACUUGUUGAUGUGCUUUUGUUGUGAUAACCCGAUAUAGGUUUUUGAAACCAUAUAUUGGGAACUUGAGAUGUUAUCUGUUUAGUUAUGUACUUCAGAUCUCCUAACCUAAGAGUUAGGUAGUAACAAGAUAUGUGAUAGUAUCUUCCAGGAGGAGAACGAGUAGAUGCGAGAAUUGACUGAAGGUUAGAUUUCGGGGACGAAAUCUUUUUAAGGAGGGGAGAAUUGUAACAUCCCGUUCCGGCAAAACCCAUAUUUCGAUCGCUAGAAAGUUCGCGAUUUAAAAUCGAGCGUUUUAAUAGUAUUUCGGCGAAAAUCGGAUUAUCGAUCGAUCGGAUAAAUAUACGUAUUAAUUAAUUAAUUAUAUAUAUAUAUAUAUAUAUAUAUAUAUGCAGUCGGCAUAUAUAUUACCGUCCAUCACUUUCCCUGCCAUUUCACUUCUCAUUUCCCAUUUCCAAAACCGCAAGAAACAGAGCACGCAGAGAGCGCUCGGCGAGGAAAUUCAAGAUUUUGAAUCUUGAGUUCUAGUGAUCCAAAAAUCCCGUAAGUAAUGCCUAAUUCAUCCAUACAUCGUGAUUUAUCGAUUUAGAGCUUUAAAACGAGUUUUUGGUUCAGGAAUUUCUUGAAUUCCCGAUCUGCCAAAUUAGGGUUUCGGAGUAUCCGGAAGCCGGAUUGAGCCCAAAUUUCAUAUACGAGCUUCCUGCAGCGAGGUAAUCAAUCCUCUAGUUCUAAUCCCUGAAUUUCGGCUAUUAUUUAGGUCGGGGUCCAAACCGCUGGAUUUAGCUCCGGCCAGGGUUUGAUGUGUUUUUAUCAAGAAUUUGACCCGGAGCCUAGAACUAACAUUGACGGGGAUACUGCAGGGGGUAUUAGGACGGUCUCGGAUUUUAAUUCGGGGUUCGUUCGUGAAAUUGAUGUUUUAGUACCGGAGGCUAGAACCGGUGUUUGAACGACCAGAACUGGUGAGGGAUUAGCACGGCAUACCGGGUUUGUCGUAUCACGAUAAUUAUAUUGAUGCUUAGAAUUGACCUAGGUGAAUUAGAAUGGCAUGAUUAUGGGUGUAUGGACUUCUCUGCUAUAUGAUGAACUAUAGGCUUCUGUAUGAUAUUAUUGACUUGCCUUAAUCGAUAUGGACCUUGUUUAUGUUGAUAAUUCCAUAUAUGUUGCCAGAUGUGGGUUUAAUUGUGAAUAUGCCUUAUGUUGGUUCGAGAAGGUGAUUGGAUAUGAUUUUUCAUGAUUGUUGUAUUUGGAUGCAUAAGUGGGAAAAUAUAUAUUCCCUGGUGAUAUCAUGAUGUUUUAAGGAGGAUGACUUGCACGAGGGUUUAUCCCGAGGAAGUGCAACUAUACGACUCCUGGUUUACCUAUGUUGAGCCAAUUAUGGCCAGGUCAAGUACAUGUGCAAGUAAUGAAUUAUGAUUAAGCAAGGUGAGAUAUGAAUCAUGUAUAAGGAUACCAAAUAUGAGUGUUGUGGUCUCACGGUCAACUACAUAGUAAUUAGGGCUCCCUAUGCUAUUACUCUAUUAUGAUAUGAUAGUCACACCUCUCAUGUGGUGGUGACUGAAGAAUUCUUACGAGAUAUGACCACACCCAGAGUGGUGUCGGGGUAUGACUACACCCAUAGUGGUGUGGGGUAUGUAUGACCACAUCCGACGGGAUGUUGGGGUAUGUAUGACUACAUCCGACGGGAUGUGGGGUAUGUUUCCCGGGAGAGUUAUUAGCAUGGGAGUAGCCAGGCGCCUAUGAUUAAAACAUGAUAAGAUGCAUAUGCAUAAGUCAAAGUGGUUGAGUCUUUUGCUUAUUGGGAUAUGAGGAUGGCUGAGGUCCGAUCCCAGUGUUUUGGUUUGAUUGUUAGAUGUAUGAUAGGGGUAUGCUCUGUUAUGAACUCACGAUGCUAUGAUUAUCUCACUCAGCUAUGAGCUGACCCUCUUUUAUUCUUCUUCUCUGCUUAUGCUAUGUGUAAGCAGAUCAUCAGCAGCAGCAGUAGAUAAGUGUUAGGUGGGAGAGGAGCUAGAGUUGAAGCCAGGAUGAGGUAUGGUCUUCAACUAUUCUGUGCUUGGACUACUACUUGGGAUUUUGGCCAGUGAUCCACACCUUUUUGUAAAAAUGUUUUGAGAACGUUUUUCAUAUGCAUACUAGCUUCUGAUGUAGUGUGAGAUAUCCACAGGUGUGGAAAGUUAAUGAUAUGUGUAUAUUUAUGUGGUUGUGUAAGUUGUGACGAUUAUGGUAUGUAUAAGUUCGGUAUGCAGUUGUGUAGUAUGAAACUGUGACUAUGGCUAUGUAAGUCCAUGUAUAUGGUUUGAGUAUAUAUGUUUGUGAUGAAUUAUUUUGCAGGACAAGUUGCAAGAACUGUUAGCCCAUUACGCGAGUAAUUCAUGUCGAAAUUUUAUUUAGGUAAAUUUUGAUAAUUAAUGUAACACCCGAGAUUAUUUCCGCUGCAAUUGUAUGAACAAUAUGAUUAGGCAAAACGUAUAGGGUAGGGUGUUACAGUUUGGUAUCAGAGCUGGUUUGUUUUCUGCAUUAUGGGUAUGUUACUUUCACUCUUGAGGACUGAUCACUCUCAAAAGGGGAGAGAGUACUCCAUACCUGUACUUGCACUAAACUUUUCAGGAUUGGGACCAAAGGUGAUGAUGUGUUGCAUAGUCAGUUGCAUAUGGUCAAACAUUAUUUUGAGUAUUUGAGGGAAUCUUGAAAAUUUUAUGGUUUAAGAGAUUUAUGAAAAUAUGUGGAAAUUUUAUCUUGUUGUCCAAGUAAUGAUUUUGAAGAAAGUUUUGUUUCAACCAAGUGAAUAACUUGUUUAGACACAAGUGGUGUGUGGAUCAAAAGAAGGCUAAUGUUUCCUUGUAGUUUGCACAGAAGUACGUUUAGUGUUACUACUAACCGAUCGAGAAGCAUGGUGGCUAGCUAUGUAACACAGUUGAUCUUCGACUAUGCUAACAUGACGAGUUGUUGUGGUGGAGUUUUAAUAUGGAUAUGAUUCUUGAUGUUGUGGUGGCUAGGUUAACAAUCUUGCUUAGUAAGUUAUGUUUUGAACUUGUUGAUGUGCUUUUGUUGUGAUAACCCGAUAUAGGUUUUUGAAACCAUAUAUUGGGAACUUGAGAUGUUAUCUGUUUAGUUAUGUACUUCAGAUCUCCUAACCUAAGAGUUAGGUAGUAACAAGAUAUGUGAUAGUAUCUUCCAGGAGGAGAACGAGUAGAUGCGAGAAUUGACUGAAGGUUAGAUUUCGGGGACGAAAUCUUUUUAAGGAGGGGAGAAUUGUAACAUCCCGUUCCGGCAAAACCCAUAUUUCGAUCGCUAGAAAGUUCGCGAUUUAAAAUCGAGCGUUUUAAUAGUAUUUCGGCGAAAAUCGGAUUAUCGAUCGAUCGGAUAAAUAUACGUAUUAAUUAAUU